AUGGCUAAUCAAGUAGCUAAUGUUGAAGCCAUUACCUUCUAUACUGUUAGUGCUGAGGCUAUCAGUAACUUCCAAGUAGUUAAUGCUAAAAUCACCAACUCUUAUAUAACUACUAUUCAAAUUGAUACCUCACACUUGGUUAAUAUCAAAGCCAACACUCUUUAUGAAAAUGUGAUUUAUAAUAAUGUUAGGCCUCUUAUAGCAAUACAACUACUAAAGAGAUUAAAAGUAUAA